AUGGCUUGGGAAGAGACACGACCGGGGCAAUGGCAACGCCCCAUCGGCGAGAACGAAGCAUUGAUCAAAUGUAUAGGAGAUGCGGGCAAGAUUUUAGGAAAAGAUGUAUGGUCGAUAUCGGCCACGGCGACCUUUGUCGCCCAAGUUGAGCCAAAGUCUCUAUCUCGCGCGCUUCGCGACGGAUGGAAGCUUCUCCGCUUCCGUCACCCUUCCAUUGCCACUGUCGCCGACGACGGAGUCCUAGAGUACCGUGUGCCGAGCUUAGUGGGACUCGAGCAAUGGGCGGACGAGAUCUUUGUUUACGUGGAGACGGGCAUCAACCUUGACGAUGUUAUCGCCAACCUGAAACCAACGCGCUUUGCUACUCUCUACUACUUGCAGGAGAGCUCCUCUCUUGUCCUAUACUUAUCACAUUGGCGGACUGACGGGGUUGGGGCGUUUCACCUCCUUAACGCGUUCUUUAAUGCGGUUAUCGAGUCGCUGAAGGAAGAAACCCCUUGGUCUACCGUGGGGUGACGAGCCCGCAAGGUUUGUGCCUAGUGUUGAAGAAGCGCUUGAACUGCCACACGCUACAUCGCCAGAUAUCGAAGCCGCAGCAGGCCAGUAUAUCCGAAC